AUGGACUCUGCCCCACUGCUCACUGCCUUCUCUCCAUCAGCUCUCCUGGUGUACCGGGUGUUCAGGAACGAGGCCAGGCGCUCCACCAAAGCGCUGCACGCACUGCUGCACGGUCUGGCACUGCUCAUCGCGCUCGUUGGCCUCGUGGCCGUCUUUGAGUCGCACCGUGCCAAAGGCAUCUCCAACAUGUACAGCCUGCACAGCUGGUGCGGGAUGGCUGCCUUUGUGCUCUACCUCCUGCAGUGGCUCCUGGGCUGUGGCUUCUUCCUGGUGCCUGGCACAUCCUUCUCGCUGCGUGGCCGUUACAAACCCCAUCACGUCUUCUUCGGCAUCGCCCUCUUUGCCUUCUCCAUCGCCACCUGCCUGUUGGGCAUCACUGAGAUGUUGCUCUUCAACAUCAGGGACUCCUACAGCCACUUUGUGCCAGAGGGAGUCCUGGCCAACGUGCUGGGGCUGCUGCUGGUGGCCUUUGGGUUGGUGGUGGGCUACGUGCUGACACGGGAUGACUGGAAGCGGGCACCGCUGGCCGAGGAGAUGGCCCUCUCCAUGGACUUCAAGACACUCACGGAGGGUGAGAGCCCUGGAGGCAGCCAGUGAGGCCCCCAGCUGCCCGGUCCUGGUGGAUGUUGGAUGUCUUUGCGUGCCCCAGCUCCAUGCCCAGUAUUGGUGAGCAGAGCCUUCGCUCGGGGCUCCCUCUGCAUCUUCUAUGUGUGGAUGGAGGUGCCACCACAGAUAGCGUCCCCAGGCUCAGCAUCUCCCUACUGCCAACCUCCAAAGCCCAUUCCCAUCUCUUUGUGCCAAGCAGUAGAUUGGAUGAAUCCCUUCACCAACAUUUCCACGUGUUCUCAGCCCUCCAGGGCUGCAGCCACCCAAGUUCCCCUGCAGCUCCAAGCAAUGCCACGUCUGUGCAACUUAACAUCAGUGUGUUUAAAAUGUUUUCCCCUCUUGUGCAAUGUGUCAUCUGCAAAGUGAACGCUCCUGCCUUAAUAAAGAUU